CGGGAGAACCGCAGAGAAAGAAGGAGGAGGAGGAGAACAGCGCCAUUUUUAUUUUACUGGUAAUUAUUUUUCGACUCAUUCUGCUUCACAUCAGCGCUGCAUGGCGUCGUUAUUUACCCGAAACAAACAGCUGAAGUUCAGCUUCCGCGACAGGAAUGGUGAAAAUGCGAAAGCAGAAGGAAAAAUCAGCAGCGUUUUGUCUUCCACCGAGAGCCGCGAUUAACCCUCCGAACGACGCCGAAAAACAGAGCCCAGACUGGCCGGAACAUUCCAGAAGAAGACCGGGUCCACACCGAGACCGUCACGAUUUGUUCUCCGCCCAAAAAACGCUUUAAACCGGCGCAGAUUAGAGGAGAGUCUGACGGCAGCAGCCCGACUCAACCAUCAGGGAGGAGAGGCUGAACAAAGACCUGCAGAACCGCUGCUGAUUGGCUCACAGCGGACACGUGACCGGCGCAACGUUCGAUUUAAAUCAGAUAAAUUAACACGUUAACAAGUCUGGGCCCGGUUCUGAUGGAUUUCCCAGAGGAUCAGAAGAUGGCGCCGCCCGGCAGCGGCGGCGAUGUGGUGUGGGGCGAAGAUGAGGAAGACGGCGCCCAUGGAGGAGUGAAGGAAGCGUUCCGGUCCAAACCCCGGUUCUCCUACACGGAGGUGAAGCUGCUGCUGGAUGAGGUGAAGAAGAACAGACACAUCCUGCUCAAGAAGUUUAACCGCGGCGUGUCGGUGGACGCCAAGAAGCAGAAGUGGACGGAGAUCACGGAUCGGAUCAACAGGCUGGGCGAGAACCACCGAGAGACGCGGCAGAUAAUGAAGAAGUGGGCGGACCUGAAGUGCGACGGGAAGCGGCGGCUGCUGGCCCUGCGGGGCCCCAACGGCUCCAACCUGAGGAAGAAGCGUCUGGGCCCGGUGGAGCGGAUGGUGCACCGCAUCCUGAAGAUGAGUCCAUCUAGAGAUGGCUGCAGCGACCAGGACUGGAGUCCUGCCGAGGAUUUUCCCAAGCCUCUCCAGACGGGUCCGCUGAUGCAGCCGCCGGCGCCGUAUUCCUACCUGAACCUGAACGAGAACUCUGGUUCCCAUGGCGACGGCCUGUCCUUCGACAUGUCGCCUCUGUCCUCGCCGGAGAACGAACCCGACGAGCUGAUCCACUCCUCCUCCGAGUUCGAGCAGGCCGAUGAUGAAGGUCCGUCCUCCCAGGACGUCAGGCAGAGGAUCAGACCCGUCUUCACGUACUCUAGGACUCACCAGAACCAGAACCAGAAGUCCUGCAGCCUCCCUCCAGGGGGCGCCGCUCCUUCCUCCUCCUCCUCUUCAUCGGCAGCGGCCGGCGGCCCGCCACCCGCCCCGUCGCUCCCGUCCCGUCCGUCCCCGUCCCUCCUGUCCUCCCAGAGCCUCCAGCAGCAGCGCGCGGGCCGCCUGCUGCUGGGCUCGGUGUCGCGUUCCCUGGAGGUUCUGACCCGGUCCGUCCAGCUGCUGGUGGAGAACCAGCAGGAGUUCGUCCAGGAGUCGCUGCAGCUGCAGCGGGACGCCGUGGACGUCCUCAGGGACUUCUCGGAGACCGCACUGCGAAUGCUGAGGGACAAAACCAGCAGUGGACCUCCCGGACCGGACCAGAAGCCACAGCAGAACAACCAACAGAAUCCCCCUACUGGGUCCCAGCAGCAACAUCCAGCCUCACGGUUCUGACCCUCCUACUGAUCCAUCUGACCAGAACCAGAAUGCAGGACACGCUGACCAGGUUCCGACCCGGUUUUUGCCGUUGGUUCUGACCCGGAAACUGCCCAGCGGCCGGUUCCGGCUCUUUAUUUAUUGACAUUCUGUUGUCCUCAUGUUGGCACCAGGACAAACGGAGAAAAACUCCCAAUUAUUUGUAUUUUUUAAUCAACUGACUUUAUUUUGGUAAGUUGUCAACAGGAAACAAAAACAUAACAAUAAACUAACCCAUAAUUUACCAAAAAAGGAAAUUUAAUUUAAAAAAGGAACCUGUCCUCGCCUACCCCUACUGAAAUGGUUUUUACUAAAAAUAUGAUUGAAAAUAAAACAUUCAUAAUUUCAACAAAACCUUGAAACCUUGAGUUUCCGGUUUAUAAAUUAACAGCAAACUUUGGUUCUUUUAGCCUGUUGUAAGAGAAAAAUGGCAGUUAAAUUUACAACAAUUUAUAAAUUUAUUAAUAAAUGUAUCGGGUUGUAACUAAAUAUUUACAACCAAUAUUUACAUAAUUAGCUUGCUUACUAAAUAUUUAGCUCUAAGCUAUUUAAUUCCAAACUAUUUAGCUCUGAGCUAAUAUGCAAAUUCACUUGCCAAUAAUUGGAAGUGGACUAUCAAAAUAAAAGCUGGUGAGCUUCUUUAUAAACUCCUGCUGGUCAGUCUGAUGCAUUUCUGCUGCUAUAGAUCUACAAGGAAACAUCAGGAUGGCCUUUAAAACCUUCCUGUAGAAAUGUGAAAAAAUACACAUUUAUCAUGAAUAAUAAAUGAAAGAUGAGAUUCUGCAGAAUCUGUCCUCCAAGAUGGCCACUCUUUCUCCCAGGGCUCUUCAGCAGAGAGGGGACAUGAGCUCCACUGAACACCUGCUGCUCAGCUGAUGCAAGUCCACCUCGCUGCAGCAGACAGGAAGGGGCGGGACGGACCACUGUCUGUCUCAGACCUUAUUGGGAAAUGAGACCAUUGGACGCCGGAAGUGAAGGGGGCGCUAUUUCCUAUAUUUUCCGUCUCUCCUGUUUUUAUUUUCUUUUUAAUUCAGUGAUAUGUCUUCACUUUUAGGAAGGAUUUUCAUGCCAUAAUUAAUAUUAAAUAAUAAAGACUUUGUGGUAUUCUGAUUUGGUAAUGUAAUUAUAUUAGUUUUGUUACCACCCCCACGCCACUAGAGGCAGGAUCAGGCCCGAAAAGAUGCGACUAAGGAAAAGAUUUAGAAGUAAACAGAAAGCUACAGAAUUUGUUACAAACUGUGUUGAACUGAAUAAAUAAAAGAGAGAAGUUUAAAUAGGUGCUGAGAGUGAAAAUCCUUCCUAAAGGUGAAAAUAUAUCACAGAGUCCAAAAGAAAACAAAAACGGGAGAAACGGAUAAUAUAGGAAAUAGCGCCCCCUUCACUUCCGGCGUGCAAUCGUCCCGCCCCUUCCUGUUUGCUGCAGCGGUCCUUUACAGCUGAUGAUCACGUGAUUGGCCGUCUCACAAACAGCUUCCUGUUAGCUAAGUACAGCAUAAUAGCAGCACUGAUACAACUUGUACACCUUGUAGCCUGUCUGCUACAGUCUUAUGUUAGCUAAACAGAUCAAUAUGCAACGUGUAUCUGACUCACACUGAAGAUUUUAUUUUAGCAGAAAAGGUUUUGGACUAAACUGUUCCUCCUGUUAGCCUCUCUAGCACCAAGUACAGCUGGUCAAUCAACCAUCACUGUGUUCAGGGAACCAACGAUUAAUAAUCCAGAAAUAAACUUGAUAUGGUAACG